AUGAAAAUUGCCCUAUGUGUGGAAUUCAGCAUGCUGGCUAUCCGUAAAAGACGUAGAAGACCUCAGCAGGAUGCUGAAGAUAACAUCAUAUUUGAAACUGAAAAGCCUGGUCUUCAAGAGCAGUACAUCAGCAAAUAUAAAGGCCGUGGCGUUUUCACCACUGAAUCUUUCUGCAGAGGAGACUUUGUUCUUGAAUACAGAGGUGAACUUCUGAGUUCAAAGGAGAGUCUUGAACGAACUAAAAACUACACUGAAACUGAGAGCACAUUCUUGUUUGAUUUUCAGUGGCAUGGAAAAUAUUGGUGUAUGGAUGCAUCCAAGGAAGACAAGUCCCUGGGAAGACUUGUCAACGAUGAGCACAAAAAUCCAACUUGCAAAAUGAGAACUGUUGAAGUGAAGAAAAAGCCUCAUCUUUGUCUAUUUGCUGUACGAGACAUUUUACCAGCUAAAUACCUCUUUUAUAUCUACAGCAGCGGUUUCAAUCAAGAAUGUCAAAGUUGCGACAACAUCAUGAAGAUUGUUAUAAUCGCUUUAAAAGAGCAGAGACUGAGAGGAAUGAGACUGUCCCCGUCACCCACUGAAGUAUGCACAUCUGAUACACCAUCACAUUCACCACUUAAUGUGCCGCAAUCCUCAUCACCUUUGCCCUGUGCUGCAUCCACCGCAGGGAAUGGCUUAUCACAGGAACCUGAGCCUGUCUCAUUAAGGGAGUACUCAUGGAAAGCCCUCAGUGAUUCAGAUGUUACAGACUACAGCGAUGUUGACUAUGUACCCAAGAGCAGCUCAGACGAAUCAGAUGAUAGUGCUUCUGGAUAUAGCAUGGUUGAAAGUAGCUUAGAUGAAGCUAAUGAAAAGACUUCUGGAAAAGGUAUGGUCAAAAGUUCUCUGAAAAAUCCAACUUCACCUUUUUCACAAAGCUAUAAAGAUACAAGCAGUUCAUCAGACACAGGCGUGACAACACCAUCACCAAAUGCUAAAGUGCAAUGCAAAACCAAAGAGACAGACCCUCUUCUGAAGAUAGAUGUGGCAAGAAAUGGACAUGGAGAGAUGGUUGCCUGCUACCGUCCAAAAGAGAGCAAAAAAGCCAAGGAUUUCAUUCACUGUGUUUACUGCCAAGGGCUUUACAACAAGCGUAGCCUUUGGAAACAUUUAAAGAACUGUCCUCUGAAACCUAAAGAUGAUGAAUCCAAGGGCAGGAAAAGAGUCCGAUCACUCUGCGCUCUGAAAACUCCAGUUGGUUUAGAAGUGAGCAAAGGUUUAAAGAAUAUACUUUCCAUUAUGAACUAUGAUGAAGUUUCCCGUGUUGUUCACUCUGACUGCUGCAUCAUGCAACUGGGGGAGCACAUGUUUAAUAGGAUGGGAUCUGAUGUUAAUAAACAUGACUACAUCAGACAGAAGAUGAGAGAAGUUGGCAGACUUCUUCUUGAAGCAAGGAAGAUUACUCGGCUAAGAUCUAUGGUGGACUUCAUCAUUCCAGCAAAUUUCAAACAAGUCAUUUCAGCUGUUAAAGUUGUAUCUGGCUAUGAUGAAGAGAAAAACUGCUACCGCAUUCCCUCUCUAGCUCUCAAACUUGGUCAUUCUUUAAACAAGAUCUGUAGUAUUGUUGAGAGCAAUGCCAUGAUGUACGGAGACCAUCAACGUGCUGAGUGUGCUCGAGACUUCAGAAAAAUACACCAGGCAAGAUGGAACGAAUACAUUUCUGCUGGUGCUUUAACUACUUUAAAAGAAGCCAAGUGGAACACGCCUCAGAUCAUUCCUUUCACUCAAGAUGUCAAAGUUCUGCAUGCACAUCUGGAAAAGAAACACAAACAGUUCCUAAGCAAGCUCAGAAACUGCCCAUCGGCAAAAAGCUAUUCAGCUCUUGCUAAGGUCACAUUGACGCAAGUCAUCCUGUUCAACAGAAGAAGAGAAGGUGAGGUAUCACGAAUGCUUUUGGCAGCUUUUAAAAGCAGGGAUUCUUCUGAGCUACAUGAAGACCUAGCGAUCUGUCUUUCGGAGUUCGAGAGAAAGUUGUGUCUGCACUUCACCCGAGUUGAGAUCCGUGGUAAACGAGGGAGAAAGGUUCCUGUGCUUCUCAAGCCUUCAAUGGUUUCUGCCAUGGAGCUGCUUGUUGAAACACGUGAGGUUUGUGAAGUCCCAGCUGAGAAUCCUUUUCUGUUUGCCAGAUCAGGAGCAAUGUCUGCAUACCGAGGAGGAGAGUGCAUUUACAGAGCUGCUCAGGAAUGUGGCAUAAAGAAUCCAGAAGCACUGUCAUCAACUAAGCUGAGGAAACACAUAGCAACCAUGUCAAAAAUCUUGAACCUUGAUGAGAACGAAGCAGAUCAAUUGGCUGAUUUCCUCGGUCAUGAUAUCAGAAUCCACAGACAAUAUUACCGCUUACCGGAGGGGACGCUGCAGCUGGCAAAGAUGAGCAAGGUCUUGUUAGCAAUGGAAAAGGGAACACUCUCAGACUUCAAAGGAAAGACGCUUGAUGAGAUUGAAAUUGACCCAAAUGAACAAUUUGAACCCCUCGUUAAUGAUAUGUCAAGUGAUGAGGAGGAUUGCAGCGACCCAUCUCAGUCAGCAUCCCCAGAAGAGACGGCUCAACUGUCUGGAUCACAAAAGGAUCAAAGUUCUUUAAAGGCUCCAAAAAGAAAAUGGGAGGACAUUGAGGUAAAAGCAAUAGAAAGGCACAUGAUGAGGUUCAUCAAGACAUGCAAAGUUCCUGGUAAGCAAGACUGUGAAAGAUGCAUUGAAGCAGAGCCAGAGGCUUUGAAGGAGCGAACAUGGACUGGCCUGAAAAACUAUGUGCUGAAACAGGAUCACAACUCUCAAAAAAAAGGGUGCUUUGUAGCCGUGUAG